AUUCUUGGCAGCAGGAUUUUCACGCAAUUUUCUCGCUUUUUCCUCUUCGUUCGUUCUGCGCGCCGCAAAAAAUAAGGACCGUGCUGUAUUUUCCCUCGGCAGCAGCAGAACUUCUUCGCGGCUAGCAAGGCCCAGCAAGGCAACCGUUUUGGUAUAUUCAUCCGUGGUGGCAGAAUGUCGUUCAUUGCUCGCAAUGUGGCCAAAACGCUGGUGCAGGCUUCUUGCCGUGGUAUCCAUUCGACGGCUGUAGCUCAGAAUCCGCGUCAGGGAAAGAGCGAGGGUCGCAUCACUUGCACCCUGAUUCCCGGCGAUGGCGUCGGCCCGGAGCUGGUGUACUCGGUGCAGGAAGUGUUCAAGGCCGCCGACGUGCCGGUGGACUUCGAGACGUUCUUCCUGUCGGAGGUGAACCCGACGCUCAGCGCUCCGCUCGACGAUGUCGUCCGGUCCAUUAACAAGAACAAGGUGUGCCUGAAGGGUAUCCUGGCAACGCCCGACUUUAGCCGCACCGGCGAGCUGGAAACGCUCAACAUGAAGCUGCGCAACGAGCUCGAUCUGUACGCGAACGUGGUGCACGUUGUGAGCUUGGAGGGAGUGCAUACGCGCCACAAGGGCAUCGAUUCGGUCGUCAUCCGCGAGCAGACGGAGGGCGAAUAUUCAGCCCUGGAACACGAAGCCGUGCCCGGCGUGAUCGAGUGCCUGAAGGUCAUCACCGCCCAGAAGUCGGCUCGCAUUGCCAAGUUCGCCUUUGAUUAUGCGACCAAGCACAACCGCAAGAAGGUCACCUGCGUGCACAAGGCCAACAUCAUGAAGCUGGGUGAUGGUCUGUUCAUGAGAAAAUGCGAACAGAUCGCUAAACUCUAUCCGCGAAUUCAGUUCGAGAAGAUGAUCGUCGACAACACGACCAUGCAGCUCGUGAGCAAUCCGAACCAGUUCGACGUGAUGGUGGCGCCGAACCUUUACGGCAACAUUAUCGAUAACAUCGCGUCCGGUUUGGUCGGAGGUGCCGGUGUUGUGGCCGGCGCUUCCUACUCUGCCGAGCAUGCCGUCUUUGAGCCAGGUGCACGCCACACUUUCGCUGAGGGCGUUGGUAAGAACAUUGCCAACCCGACCGCCAUGCUGCUGUGCUCGUCGAAGAUGCUGCGCCACGUGAACUUGCUGCCAUACAGCCAGAUGAUCUUCCAGGCGGUGCAGAACGUGCUGCGCGCCGGCAAGGUCCGCACCAAGGAUCUCGGCGGUCAGAACACGACCAACGAGUUCACCCAGGCUGUCAUUCACAAUCUGCGAUAAGCUGUAAUGCAAUGCAAUGCUCCCGAAGAAGCGUUGGGUUGACGAGAGCUACAAAUUACCGGAAGCAGUACGAAUUGACCUACCUUUCCCACCCCACUACUACUACUACUUCUACCCCCAAGUACCAUCCCUACUCUCAGUCCUGCGGAAACACACGAUUGUACUUUUGCCAUCUUUCUUUACAGUAUCUUUCUCCCCCGGCGGGGUCAUCAUGCUCUAAGUUAUUUGAACCUGUUCUUUAAAUUUGUUUUUUGCCACCUUCGCAAAUCUUUACCGCCCCUCUAAAUGAAUGCAAAAUGUCGCCGAUUAACUUUUGUCUAGUGGAACAUGUUUUUAAAAAACAACGGUUUAGCCCCCUAUUUAUUGAACCUACCAAAGUAGAAGAGGACGACGCGCAGUCAGGAGUUACGAUGCCAUCGAAAAGCUGUUCGGCUACGUUCGAGAGUAUUACGCGAAAAGUAAGACAAGCCGCUCCCUAAAACCACCAGACGAGCAAAGGUAGCACUAAUAAUAGCCAUUGCCGCCGUUGUAAGUUUCUAGUAAAUGACGAGUCAUCGAAUAAUAAUAAAUGCAACACGCGACAGUGUGUGUACCGGUUGGUAAAGCAACUUCUCAACAA